UUCACCUGUGGUCCCAAUUAAUUGGGAGGCUGAGGUGAGAGGAUUGGUAGAGUCUGGGAAGUUAAGGCUGCAGUGAGUCAUAAUUGUACCACUUCACUCCAGCCUGGGCUACAGAACGAGACUCCAUCUCAAAAAAAAAAAAAAAAAAAAAAGAGGGUUCUGCUUGCUUCCAGAUGAGUGAGAAGACUUGUGCUCUGGUUCUCGGACUUCCCCGGCAGCAGGGUCCCCAAAUGCCAGUCUCCCCUCCUGCCUUAAAAGAAGAAACCAAGACCACCUCCUGGUCUGGGACUGGAGGAGACAUGGGCCUCUGCAGGUUUGUCGAAGAAGGGAGAAAAAGAACAGCAAAAAGCAAUUGAACAUAUUGAUGUAGUACAAAAUGAAAUACAGACUUAAUGAACAAGCCAGUGAGGAGAUUUUGAAAGUAUAACAGAAACAUAACAAACUCUGCCAACCAUUUUUUCAGAAGAGGUCAGAAUUGAUUGCCAAAAUCCCAAAUUUUUGGGUAACAACAUUUGUCAACCAUCCACAAGUGUCUGCACUGCUUGGGGAGGAGGAUGAAGAGGCAUUGCAUUAUUUGACCAGAGUUGAAGUGACAGAAUUUGAAGAUAUUAAAUCAGGUUACAGAAUAGAUUUUUAUUUUUGAUGAAAAUCCUUACUUUGAAAAUAAAGUUUUCUCCAAAGAACUUCAUCUGAAUGAGAGUGGUGAUCCAUCUUCAAAGUCCACUGAAAUCAAAUGGAAAUCUGGAAAGGAUUUGACGAUAUGUUCAAGUCAAAUGCAGAAUAAAGCCAACAGGAAGAGGCAGCAUGAGGAACCAGACAGCUUCUUUACCUGGUUUACUGACCAUUCUGAUGCAGGUGCUGAUGAGUUAGGAGAGGUCAUCAAAGAUGAUAUUUGGCCAAACCCACUACAAUACUACUUGGUUCCCAAUAUGGAUGAUGAAGAAGGAGAAGGAGAAGAAGAUGAUGAUGAUGAAAAGGAGGAAGGAUUAGAAGAUAUUGAUGAAGGAGGGGAUGAGGAUGAAGGUGAAGAAGAUGAAGAUGAUGAUGAAGGGGAGGAAGGAGAAGAGGAUGAAGGAGAAGAUGACUAACAGAACACUGAUGGAUUCCAACCUUCCUUUUUUAAAAUUUUUUCUGAUCCCUGGAGCAAG